GGCCGAGCGCCAUGCCGCGGCGGCUGGCCUGGCUGUGCUGCUGCUGGGCGCUGCUGAGCGGCGCCUGCCGCCCCGCGGAGCCCGCGCUGCCCGCGGAGGGCGGGGAGCCGCCACCCGCCGCCGCCUCGGGCUUCCUCUACCGGCGGCUGAAGUCGCACGAGAAGCGGGAGAUGCAGCGGGAGAUCCUCUCGGUGCUGGGGCUGCCCCACCGUCCCCGGCCGCUGCCGCGGGAACCGUCGGCCCCGCCGCCGGGGCGCCUGACGGCGGCGCCGCGCUUCAUGCUGGACCUCUACCACGCCCUGGCCGAGGGCGCGGAGGACAGCGCGGGCGCGGAGCAGAGCGGCCGCCCGCCGCCCCCCGCCCCGCCGCCGCUGCCCAGCUCGCAGGACAGCGCCUUCCUCAACGACGCCGACAUGGUCAUGAGCUUCGUCAACCUGGUUGAGUAUGACAAGGAGUUCACGCCUCACCAGCGGCACCACAAGGAGUUCAAAUUUAAUUUGUCUCAGAUUCCUGAGGGCGAGGCCGUCACAGCCGCUGAGUUUCGGAUCUACAAGGACUGUGUUGUGGGGAGCUUUAAAAACCAAACCUUCCUUAUCAGCAUCUACCAAGUGCUGCAGGAACAUCAGAACAGGGCCUCUGACCUGUUUCUGCUGGACACGCGGGCGGUGUGGGCCUCGGAGGAGGGCUGGCUGGAGUUUGAUGUCACUGCCACCAGUAACAUGUGGGUGAUGAACCCUCAGCACAACAUGGGACUGCAGCUUAGCGUGAUGACCCAGGAUGGUUUCAGCGUAAAUCCUAGAGAAGCAGGCCUUAUAGGCCGAGACGGCCCUUACGACAAACAGCCUUUCAUGGUGGCCUUCUUCAAAGUGAGUGAAGUUCAUGUUCGCACCACUAGGUCAGCGACGAACAGGCGCAGGCAACAGAGUCGCAACCGCUCCACCCAGGCUCAGGAUGUUUCCAGGGUGUCUAGUGUCACAGAUUACAACAGCAGUGACUUAAAAACAGCGUGCAGAAAGCAUGAGCUUUACGUUAGCUUCCAAGACUUGGGAUGGCAGGACUGGAUAAUCGCUCCAAAGGGCUAUGCAGCCAACUACUGUGAUGGGGAGUGCUCGUUCCCACUCAACGCCCAUAUGAAUGCAACCAAUCAUGCCAUUGUACAAACUCUGGUUCAUCUUAUGAAUCCCGAUUACGUUCCCAAACCAUGCUGUGCACCUACCAAACUAAAUGCCAUAUCUGUUCUUUAUUUUGAUGAUAAUUCUAACGUAAUCUUGAAGAAAUACAGGAAUAUGGUAGUAAGAGCUUGUGGAUGUCACUGACAGUCUUCACACAGACUCUGUGAUUCUACCAUGAACUUCCAUACUACCUUCCACGCUUUCAUGAACUACCUGACCUUGGAGGAAAAAAAAAAAUAAAUUGAUGAACCACGUUUUAGAACACCACGUACGUGCCUUGUGGGAGUAAGGGGUGUGGGGACCGCACGCUGGGGCACGAACAAACCGCUGCACCUCUUACAGACUGACCCUACGCUCUGCAGAGCCGGGGCACGCAAAGCAGCAAUAUGUCCACACGUGUCUUAUUUGGCUGGGACGGUCUUAAUCUUGCAGAGCAGCUUGGCCUUAGCCCUUGCUUGGAUGUGUGCUGCAGUUCUACCAGAUGGGUACCCAACACCCAAAACAA